UAUCCACGCAAUCUAAUCCUACUACCUCGCUCAUAUCCUUUACAACCUUUAAGCAAUAUAAAUACCUUUUUGAGACUUCACCGGGUAUUAGUGUCUCACCCUCUUUUAUAAAUUGAUGAUGAUCACGAUGAUCGUUUGUAGAUAUUGCUUGAUGAGAAAGAAGAAACGUUUACAACCGUGCUGUCCUUGAAUAAGUUUUUUUUUGGCUCUCGCACGAACGGAGCUUUUGAUUGGUCCAAAAUUUGGCACGUGGUGUUAUGUUUUGACUUUUCACCGUCCCAUUCACCAAUAUCGAUUCGGAAAUGUUCGUCGUGUGACUAACCAAUGAUUACCAAUCUUGAACAAAGGCCGUCGGAUCAUAAGAUCAUUAGAAACUGGAAUUAUAAUAACUUGAAACAGUCAAACUUUAAAUCUCUUGAAGAAUGAUAAAAGUGGUUUUAUAGAUGAUGACCUUUUACCUCGAUACUCUUCUGCUACCGCAGGUCAUGUUAGUCUGUUGUCUUUACUAGAUGAUCCCAAAGGCAUUGAUACCCUGCCUCCCUCCAUUCAAUAUCUUCGCAAGAGGUGUGUGUUGUCAGCUACCGUUUACACCCAUAUGAGGACGCACUUUAUGACAAUCGUCAAUGUCCUGGGGGAAACGAUAAUAACGUCGUCUGCCUGAAUAUAUAGAUAAACGCAACGAAGAUGAGCUAUUCUUUUACGCUUAUAUAGGUUUUUGUGUAAUUACCGAAGCAUAAGCAAAUCGGACGUUUUCGAUAACAUGGUAGACAAAGCACAAACUCAAUAAAAGUGUAUUGGAGAUUUUGAUUGUUACUUAGAUUUUGGACAGUGACGAUUAACCAGGGGUGGCCAAAGAGUAUAGAUUAUUUCUACUUUUGCCAAAUGGAAGGUAUACAGGCUCCCCGUGCUUUCCCACAUAGCAUUGGAACAUUUUAUGACACGGUUGCCAAUGGUCAUAACAAUGGUUAUAACCUUUCUCACGAUGGUAGUUAUGUUGGUUUAAUGAGCAGAUUUUCUUACCACAGCAGCACAAACUGUUUGAGAGGCUACCCAAGUCCAGCGGGCAGUACCAGCGGAGGAGGAGUGGGCGUCGUCGACUCGGAGUCCAUUUCGGCGGGAUGCUGCUCGUCGACAGCGGCUGUAACGCCGGCGAACUGUCCCAACACUGGUGGGCAUUCAUGGACCUCACCUCCUCCUAAUCAUGGUGAUAAGCCUGCAGGACAUUUUCCUUUCUUUUACCAAGAAGUUUUCACGCCGGGUGUUCACCACAGUCCACCGACAUCAUUAGGUCACCAUGUCCUGGCUGCUCAUGGAAAACACGGAUACUCGAGCGGGUCUGGUAACCCUCAUCCCGCCUGCGGGAACGGCGAUGAAGACCCGGCAAGACCAGAUAGCGACUCAGAUCAGAGCGUGGGUCACCAGACUGUAUCCGCCAGCUACACCUGGAUGGCGCCACCACCCAACGUCCGAACACGUAAGAAACGAAAACCCUAUACAAAGUUCCAGACCUUCGAGUUGGAGAAGGAGUUCCUCUACAACAUGUACCUCACACGGGACCGACGUUCCCACAUCUCAAGAGCACUGAGCCUCACCGAGAGACAGGUCAAGAUCUGGUUUCAGAACAGGAGGAUGAAACUGAAGAAGAUGCGGGCAAGGGAGGAUAACGAGAGGAAACAUCAGACGCACCAUCCCUCCGGACAGCAUCAUCACCACCACCAUCUAGAGUCGAAAGGUGGCGACCAUUGCACGAUCGCAGGCAGUGGCGCCACCGAGCUGAUACACAAACCCAACGCUAUCCACCAUGCCUAUGUGGGCGGUGGCGGCGGUGGCGGUGGAGGCACACACGAAUCGAACCCGUUGAUCGAAUUACAGCAGCAUAGUGCUUUACAACAUCAUGUCAUUACAGCUAUCUAAUCAUUGAACGGAAUGGAAGUGAAUCGAAGAUGGACCACAGC